ACUUCGCCUUGCUUCCGUCUGCCCUUGCUAUAUAUUGUGCUUGCUCAUUAUCCCAGGCGUGCAUACCGUGUUUGUCUUGCUCCGAUCUCAAAGGGUUCCCUGUGUAGUCUUGCUGUUAUUUCCGUGUUGCUGCUGCUUUCGCUGUCGCCGCUGUUUCUAACAGAUCAAAAUGGUUAACCCCAGGGUAUUCUUUGACGUCACCAUCGGCGGUAACCCCGCUGGGCGCAUCGAGAUGGAGCUGUUCGCGGAUACCACCCCGAAGACUGCUGAGAACUUCCGCGCUUUGUGCACUGGUGAGAAGGGGAAGAACAGGCUAGGGAAGCCCCUUCACUACAAGGGUUCCAAGUUUCAUCGUGUCAUUCCCCAGUUCAUGUGCCAGGGUGGUGACUUCACCAGGGGCAAUGGUACCGGAGGGGAGUCGAUCUGGGGUGAGAAGUUUGAUGACGAGAACUUCAUCAAGAAGCACACUGGCCCCGGAGUGUUGUCUAUGGCCAACGCUGGGAAAAAUACCAAUGGAUCGCAGUUCUUCUUGUGUACCGUUGCCACCCCUUGGCUGGAUGGAAAGCACGUUGUGUUCGGCCAAGUAACGAAAGGAAUGAAUGUGGUGUCGGAAAUCGAGAAGCAGGGUUCUUCCAAUGGUACACCCAAGAAUGUUGUCGAGAUAGCUGACUGCGGACAGUUGUAGGGUGUUGACUUUCGGUAUUGCCUCUCUAGACGAGAAUCUUUGCACACUUCAUUUUGGUGGUGUUCUUCAAGAGUUUGUAGAUAGAAGAAUAUCUUACGGUGGUAUGUUCUUAUUGCCAUUCUGCAGCCGUAUUUACUGUUUCUGAGCUUUGUACUAUGGCUUUUAGCCGAUAAAGCUUAUGAAGAUAUUACACAAGUUCUGUCUCUGUUUCUGAUC